AUGUCGUGCCUGGUGCCGCCGGCCAAGCGGGUGUGGCGCGGCAUCUGCGCGCGCCUCCGCUUCCGCCGAACCACCGGGCUGGGGCGGCUGCGGAAGGAGGUGCGCACCUGCGAGUACAGCGACGUGCACGUCAUGUGGGAGAUGCUCAGCAAACCCAGCACCACCAGCGGCAGCGGCGUCAGGGACGACACACGACGACCCACCAGCGCCGGCAAGGGCAAGGCGGCGACGACGCGACGGGCCAGGGCGGGGAGGAAGGUCGGCGCCGCUGCUGCUUGGAGCCGGCUGGCGUCCUACUGCUGCGCGCUCUGA